AGCUCUGCGUCUGUCCGGCCGAUUGUCUUCCCCCAGAUCAAGCCGGACCCGACCUCGCCGUUCCUCCCGGCCUAUGCCCCCGUGCUGCUCAGCUACGGCAUCACCAAGGAGACGUGGCAGUCCUUCCUGGCCACCAUCUCGGCCUUCCUGUCGGCGACGGUGUCCGACCGGGCGCUGUCGCACGCCACCGACAUGGCCGCGCACAUCACGCAAGCGCCCAAGAACCUGGGCAAAAACGUCGCGGCCCACGCAAAGUCGAUUGGCAAGAACGUGGCCGACAACGCCAAGCGCGGCAACCUGCUCGGGGCCGCCGCGGGCCUCAUCGGCGGCUCCAUCUCGCUGCCCAUCUCGACGGCGCUGGGCAUCGUGGGCACGUCGCUGUCGCUGCCGGGGCAGGCCAUUGGCGCCGUGACCAAGAAGCCGCGGACGCCGCAGGAGAGGGCGGCGACGUACGCGGCCGUGGCCAACGACGAGUGGCUGCACAUGCGCGGCCUGCACGCCCACCUGUUUGACUCGGCCGGCCUGGCGCACUACCUGGGCUUGCCGCUGGAGAGCAUGCUGAGCCUGGCGUGGGAGAGCAAGGAGAGCGAUGCCGCGAGCCAGAUGAGGGCGCUGGAGCCGCAUGUUGCCGCGCUCGAGGUUGACGAGGGUUCGAUGCUGCAGUUGAAGACGCAGACGCUUUGGCUGGUGUUGAUGCCGGGGAAGACGCCGUCGAGUUGA